AUGGGGCGGAAGGCGUGGGGACUGUCCUCAAGCGGGGAGAAGCCACCCGCAGACGUGCCCCCAGCUAAAAAGUUGGCUCCCUCUCAAGUGCCUUUCCUGAAGCACGUUGGGUUUCUGGAGGGGACUCCUUGUGAUUCAAGCUGUCACUACAUCAGCACCCAGGAGUAUGAAGCUUGUGUUUGUGCCAGAAGGAGGGGUGCCUGUCUAAAGCUGCAGCCUGGGUUUAACAGAUUUGUUACAUACAGACGUUGUAUCAUGGAUUUAAAAGACCAUAGCCAGCGGGCAGCGGCGGGCGGAACGACCGAGGGGCGGCGCGGGCUGGGCGGCGGGUGCGGGGGUCCGUGCUUCCUCGUGGUGGAGGGCUGGGCCGUGGUGCGGGCUGCGCGGGACGUCGGUUCCGCGGAAGCCUGGGUAGGGCGCUGCGUGCGGGACUCUCGUCGCUCGGUGACGGGGCGCGAGCGCGCGGGGGACGUAGGGCGCCGACCUGGGGUUCCCCGGCGCUCCGGCUCCGCUCAGGGCGCCCGCUCAGGGGCCUCCGGCGCGAGGCCCCCUUUUCGGUCAAGAUGGCGGCGCCCAGGCGGGCGGCGCCGAGGUGAGCUGGAGCUGGGCCCGGAGAGGGACGAGUCUGCCACGCCCAGGACCUGGACCCCGCGCUGGUCUCCAGUCUCCCGGGGAGCGGCGGGUGGGGAAAAUGUACCAGCGUGUAUGCCUACUGGGACCAUGUUUUCCAGAACAGUUAAGCCCAGUGUCAACUAUGCUGUCCCACCUUCCUCCUCCGAGGGCGUCGUCAGCCCUGCUCCCGGGGCUCACAACGUCUCCGGUAGUCGGCUUCAGCAGUGCGCAGAGAGAGCAGUGGACGACAGCUUCCGUCGGCAUCUUCUAUCAAGCAGUUUUGGAGUAGCGCCUCAGAUGAAGACACUGAGGAAGAGAAAAGUUAAGAAUUUGCCUAUGAUCAGUUAUCCAUCUGUUCAGCCAGUGCACAAAUUACACUGCCCAACUCCAAGAUCAGUGGCUGAAGUAGGAGAUGGAAACAUUACCAUUGAAAAAGAAGGUACAAGAAGAGCCAGAUUUAUGGGCAUGCACCUAGUGCAUCCACUCAGACCCAGACAGAAGGACUACACACUUGGUUUAAUGCUCUAUUGUUGCCAUCUUGAAAUUCUGAAGAAUUUUUGAAUAAGCAGCACUGCAUUUUCAUUUUUCACUGAGUAUGCAUAGCCAUAAAUAAAGUCAAACCUGUUGGUGAUGUCAAUCUGGAAAACUCCUAUCUGGGUCAAGGAGAGACUGACUGGGCAUGGCUGCCAGGCAUGUGCUUAAAUGAAUACUUGGAGAGACCAUAUAUAAAAUAGAUAAACAACAAAGAUUUACUGUCUAGCAUAGGGAAAUAUAUUCAGUAUCACAUAAUAACCUAUAAUGGAAAAGAACUGAGAAAAAAAUAUAUAUUAAUUUAUUCAUACAAAUGUAUAACGGAAUCACUUUGCUGUACACCUGAAACUAACACAAUAUUGUAAAUCAAAUAUACUUCAAUUAAAGAAAAGAAUACUUGGAGAGAACAUGACUAUUCUCUGAUACUUGGAAUAAGCCUAUGACCCUGGGUUUUAUUCCUUUCCAGUACAGCUUGUCUGUUCUGAAGAGAUUUUGACUGGCAAAUAGUGAAGAGACCCUUCUUUACUUGAUAAAAGCAAACAAAUAAAUACCAACAAUAACCAGAAAAAAGGAGGAUGGGCAAUAUCAAUAUUAAAAUGGACAAAUUCAUGAUCCACAAAGAAUAUAUAAUAAUAUGAAUAGCAAACACUUUUAGAAUAAUGAGAAGAUGAUUAAUAUUGGUCUUAUAAUGUAAGUGGAAAUCUUUAACUCAUCUCUCAAAAUGAUUUUAAGCAAGUCCAUAGAAAACUUUAAAAAUGAUAUCGAUUUUGAAGAGUAUAAGUACAAGUCUGAAUUAAUAGGUUUAUACUGAAAUUUAAAAUUAGACUAAAUAGACAUGCAAAGAGCUCCCAAAUAUCUGAAAAACGUUCAAAAUUUAUGUUCUCAAAGCAAUAAACUUUAAUCAGUUAUUAAAAAUAGAAAAAAACCAGUUUCUGGCCUCAGUGCAAUAACUUGAGAAAUUAAUAAGUUUAAUAACACAAUAACAAGUAGGAAAUUAUAAUAUAGAACUCAUUUAAAUAGCUCUAAUUACUCUGAAAGAAAGCAAAAUUACAAUGCCUAUUUAGAAAUUAAGUACUUACAGAACCAAACAUAACAAAGUAUAUAAAAUAUACUAAACCUUUACUCAAAGAGAACAUGAAAAGCUAUAAAUCCUUUCAUUAUUAAGAAGAGAGUGUAUAUAUAUAUAUAUAUAUAUAUAUAUAUAACAUAAUUAUUAAAUUUCAGUGGAUUUAUUGUGAAAAUGGACAUGAAAUUAGAUGAAGCUAGAAACAGAUAACACUCCAUGAGAGCUUAAUAUAUGACAAGACUUUUCUAUAAAUAUUGCUGGGAUUAUCAAUCUCAGUCUUGAAUGAUACUAUUAUGAGCCUUAUUUCACCUAUGAAGAAACUCAGGCACAGAGAUGUUAAGUAACCUUUCCAAGUAACUUGCCCAAGGUCACACAGAUGUGUAAAUGGAAGAGCUAGUUUAUGAAUAAAGUCAGUGUAGAACCAUAACCUGGGCUCUUAACCUCUAUGCUCCACCCCUUUGUAUAAUAAAAUAGCUCAUACUGACAUAUGAUUACUACUCACCAAGCCCUACUCUGAGUGUUUUACAUGUUUUAAUGAAAGAUAAAAUAGGUCAAAAAAAUAUGAAAUCAAAGUGCAUUUGACUGUUAUGCUGUACCCACAUGGACAGAAAUUCUGUUCUUUUUAUCUUAAUUUCACUCUUUGGGGACAUAAACUAUUGUUCAAUAAGUUUUAUUUUAAGCUGUGAAGGACAUUUGAGCUGUUCUUUCUGACCCUAGCUGUGUGUGUUUGUUUGUUUGUGUUUUGGCAGGUGGGAGAGGGAGAUACAUUAGGAGUAGAUAUAAAUUAAAGCCUCAUAGAAUCAAUGAGAGACAGCAAUACUGAAAUUAUAACAAGGCACAUGUCCAUGGAUGCUGGAAAGCAGAAAUUAAGGGUAAGGACAUGCAACAGCUUUAUACUAUUCAAGAUGUCACCAGCAGUCCCUCUGCCAAGAUCACAGGUGCCAUGCUAGAGCUACCAGGGCAAUUACUGCUGUCAUGAUAGUAAUGACACAACAAAACAAAACUCUCCCAAUUCUUGAGCCAAAUGUCCCACUUUGAAAAGCCACAUAGAAAGGGUGAAUGUGCAUUUGGUUAAGCUUGAGUCACAUGUCUGACCAUAGCCCGCAAAGAAGGAUCUGCCCUCUCUACUUCAUAUGAGGCACUAAGGUGAGAAAUAUAUAAUGGGCAUGGGAAUCCUCCUCUGUCAGCACCACAAACAGGGUAAUAGAGGACUGUCUGGCAAGCAGGCCAUCCUGACAGCACACAUACAAAAAAAACUCACAUUCACAUGAUUGCUUGUUUGCUUCUCUUGCUUUUCCAUGAGUUUCACAAAAGUAGAAACUAUUCCACAGUUUUCAUCAUCUGUUACCUAAAUCAUUUCUUUCUUGAAUUUAUUAGGCAUUUAAUAUAAGCACUUUGACAGAAUUGAUGAGUAUUUAAAAGAAUGAAUGAAUGAAUGAAUAAUCAAAAGUAUGUUUCUUUCUAGAAGUUUAGAGUCUACCUCUACCAAACAAACAAGGCACAGCAAUUAGAGAUACCAAAGCAUAACAACAUAUACAAUUUAAUACAUAUCUUCUUCUUUACAACCCAUAGUUGACCAGAACAAUGUAUAGUUUGCCUUGACUGUCAUCAAAAUUAAGAGAAAAAUCUAUUCACGCCGAAAGACAGCAAAACAUGUUAAUAUAUUGCUCAUGUGUUGUUUACAUCAUGAACCAUGUCCUGCAAAAUGAAGAAUGACAAAUUACAAAUUACAUGACCUUUGAAAUACACUAUCAUUUAUGGCAAGCCUUCCUUCAAGGAUUUUAAAUAGUAGGAUAAAUAGGUUGUCAAAAAAAGAAAGAAGCGACUUACAAAACUGUCAUCUAGUUGAGUGGCAGGUUUUUGUAUGAACACUUUUUUGAAUAAGAAUGCUGAGUUUCAUAUAUAUAUAUAUAUACAACAUACAAAUAUAUAUAUUUUUUGUAUAUAUAUACAAAAUUUGUAUAUAUAUAUACACACACAUAUAUAUAUAUAUAUUUUUUAAUGAUCAUGGGUGCUAACUCUAAAUCCUUACAGAGAAAAAAACCAUGCAGAAAAGAUUAUCUGUUUUGAAAAUGUGAAGUUAGUUCAUAUCUUGCUUCAUGUUGUAAAUAUAUUGAGCUUGAAUUUGCACAAGGACUGGAUUUGAAAGGAAAAGUUUAAGAUUAUCAUGCCAUUUCUUAGAAUCAAAUCAAGAGAAAGAAAUUUUUUCUUUGUACAGUUGGGAGUGGGAGGUGCAUGAAUGAAUUCUUUCUAAAUUCCUUUUAAAAUAAUUUUUCAAUAAAAUUUAUGUAAAAUUCACACUCAGGGAAAAAACAAACAGUGAAACUGUGUGGAAAAAUUAAAUAAAAUGGGAAAUAUGGAAACCACGAUUUCAAAGUUCUUUAGUGACACUGUAUAGAAAGUGUAUAUAAACAAAUAAUGUGUAAUGCUUUGUACUAGUAUAUAGCUCUAGGAGUAUUUUGAUCCAAAAAAAGUCCUUGUUUUAUAGAAAUCCAUGAAAUUUGAGUUCUGCUUUAAGGAAUUUACAGUGAAAACCUUGAAAUUGCCUUGAGGAUGAAUUAAAUUAAUUCAUUAUGUCAAAAUUUGAGGAAGAGAUUUCAUAAAUGGAACAGGAGAAUUCAUUUUACUUAUUUUACUGGCUCAGAAGAACACACACAUGAAUUUUGAAAAUUUGAAUGACAAGAAAAAUUGUUUCUUUGAGAACUCACUUGACAUCCUCUUUCUUUUUGAUUACUUUGGAGACCUAAUAUAAAUUCACAGACAUAUUUUCAACCAUAAAAUCUAUCUUUUGAUAGAUUUCUUAAAGUGGCUUCCAGUUUAUAAUGAAUAAUUUGUGCCUUAAAAUGUAAUGUGUGGGCUUCCCUGGUGGCGCAGUGGUUGAGAGUCCGCCUGUCGGUGCAGGAGACAUGGGUUCGUGCCCCGGUCUGGGAGGAUACCACAUGCCGCGGAGUGGCUGGGCCCGUGAGCCAUGGCCGCUGAGCCUGCACGUCCAGAGCCUGUGCUCCACAACGGGAGAGGCCGCAACGGUGAGAGGCCCGCGUACCGCAAAAAAAAAAAAAAAAAAAAAAUGUAAUAUGUUAAGAGACAGUUUUUGCCCCACGAAGGGCAGUGGAAUUGGUUGGUAGACUUAGGGAUGAACGGUGCGGAAAGAUCUUGAAAGCUGUUGGUUGUCAAGUAAAUGCACACGUGGCCUCAACACCAGAGCAUCACGUGCCUUGGUGAUCCCUGACCCCUGGAACUGGAGCUGGUGUUUCAACCAUUUUACUCUAAUUCAAUAUUAAUAAAUUUCUUCUUCUGUUAGUUUGA